UGACGAUAGAGUGCAAGCCAUCUGAAUCUUCUGGGAAUAGAGUGCAAGCCAAGCCGGAGUUCGGCCGUUCUGCUCCUCGCCGGAGUUCUAUAAUCCGUUAAGCAAAGCUGCUGGAAAGAAAGAGAUGGUGCAAUUUUCAUCUCUUUUUAAUGGCUUGGCGAAGAGUAUUUCAACUAAGAAUGAAAGGAAGAGUAUGACAGAUGAUGGCAGGAAAGUUGCGAAUGCAUUGGCUAAGGAAGCAAAGAAGAAUAAUUUGAUGCUGAGUUCUCCUGGCGUGGUCAGUGCCUGUAGGUCUAACAAUUUUGCCUCGGUUUACUCCAAGAGAGGGAAGAAAGGAGUGAAUCAGGAUUGCUCCAUUGUGUGGGAGGAGUUUGGAUGCCAAGAAGACAUGAUCUUUUGUGGGAUUUUUGAUGGCCACGGUCCAUGGGGCCAUCUCGUAGCCAAGAAGGUCCAGGAAUUGAUGCCAUCUUCUCUGCUAUGUAAUUGGCAAGACACUAUUGCUCCGACUUUGAUCAAGCAGAAUCCGGGAAUGGAAAAGAAUAGAAGCCUUCAGCCGUUUGAUAUAUGGAAAGAAUCCUACUUAAAGACUUGUGCAGCCAUUGAUCAAGAGCUUGAGCAUCAUUCCUUAAUUUAUUCUUUUCACAGUGGUACAACAGCUUUGACAAUCGUUCGGCAGGGUGAUCUCAUUGUUAUAGCCAAUGUUGGCGAUUCUAGGGCUGUAUUGGCAACCACUUCAGAUGAUGGCAGCCUGAUACCAGUUCAGCUCACUGUUGACCUCAAACCUAAUUUACCUCAGGAGGCUGAACGAAUAACACAGUCGAAAGGAAGGGUAUUUUCAUCACAUGAUGAGCCAGGGGUGUACAGGGUCUGGAUGCCGAAUGGGGAAACACCGAGUGGUCCGGGACUGGCACUAUCAAGAGCCUUUGGUGACUACUACAUAAAGGACUUUGGUCUUAUUUCCGAGCCCGAAGUGACACAAAGAACCAUAACCAGCAGAGACCAAUUUGCUAUUUUGGCAACUGAUGGGGUCUGGGAUGUUAUCUCCAACGAAGAAGCAGUGAACAUUGUUUACUCGACACCAGAAAAGGAAGAUUCAGCUAGAAGGCUGGUGGAAUGUGCUGCUAGCGCAUGGAAACGUAAGAAGAGAGGUUUUGCUAUGGAUGACAUAACAGCUGUCUGCCUUUUCUUCCAAACUGCUCCACGUACUCUCUCAACAGGAUGACCGUAUUAAGAACUCUUAACUGGCUAGCAUAUGAGAGAAGCAGGUAGUAAUUAGCUACUUGUGGCCAUUGCCUUUCCUCGUUAGGGUAUGGUUGUAUAUUCUUUCUGGACUCUGCGUGUAUGAGUUGAAUGAUAUUUAUAUUUCACAAAUUAACACAAGUGAAAUUAGCCAGAAAAAAAGGAAUGUGAUUAUUACAAGGCACUAAAAAUACUCGGAAGUUUCUUCAUAUGCAUGAUUAGGAAGGAACUCCAUUCUCUAAUGUUUCGUUCGGGAAAGGAAAAAAUUGGAUGGAAGAAGAAGGGAUACAUGAGAUAUCCCUACAAAAGAGGUGGUGUCUUUCCCUCUUUUUGCUUGGUUGGAUGGAACAUAAUAGAAUAAGCUGACAACUUAUUGUGAAAGAAGGGAAGAAUGAGUUAUAAUUUUUUUUUACCAUCAUACCCAUCACUAUUUGUAGUACUGUAAUUUAUGAAGGAUAUUAUUGUAAUUUUAAACUUUUAUAAUA